AUGGAAGCGACGCUGCGGCGCGCCGUCAACGAGUUCUUCUUCCGAGACACGUGGUCGCCCGCGACGUACGUGACGUUCGCCGUCGUUUUAGUAAGCACGUUUUUCGUCUCGAGUGGCCUCUCGCGGCUUCUUUUUAACCUUGUCGACGCCAAGCUCCAGCGCGACGAAGCCAACCGCGCCGCAAUUCACACGAUGCCGGACGCCUCGUCUUCCGAGAGUGACGAGACCUCGGACAGUGGAUCGUCCGACUCGAGCCAAGACGACAGCGACGACGAGGAGGACGACGACGACGAGCCAUCGGUGUUUUCGCCCGUCAAGAUUGCAGUGCCACCGCUGAUCGAGAUUGAUGCGACUGUUUUCGACGUGCGCGAUGUGGAGCAUCUCAAAACGUUGUGA